CUAGUAAGCCACUUUGGGCGACAGGAACUCGGUGGGAAGCUCGCCGCGCCGCGCCGGCCGAGGCUCAGGGCGAGGUCGGUCUGUAGCUAGGCUUCGGUACAUCGGUAAACAACGUGCAGCUCAGUCGAGAUUCGAGGCGCAAUACAUUUGGAUCGGUUAAUUGCGUUGAACAACACAACUUUACAAGCAUCGUUGCCUUAAUUUGACAUUUGGAAGUAAUAAUUUUUAUUUUCAUCAUGUCUGCGCCCCUUCACGAUGCAUUGCAGCAGCUCUCGUGGUUACUAGGGACAUGGGAGUCCGAGACAGCAAAAGGAUUCUUUCCAACAAUCAAACCAUUUGAGUACAAAGAAACCUUGGAGUUCACUCAUGUUGGACAACCAGUACUGAAUUUUAGAUUCAGUUCCUUUACUCCUGAUAAUGUUCCAAAGCACCGAGACAGUGGUUUCUUAAGAGUGAAAAUGGGAACCAAUCAGGUUGCUUUUAUUUCCGCUCAAAAUGUUGGUAUUGUAGAGAUAGAGGAAGGUAGCGUAAAUGGAAAUGAACUUCAGCUUGAAUCUACCGGUAUCCUUCAUGCAUCCUUUGCCUCUUUACCCCAUACAACAAAGAUUGCAAGGACGUUCAAACUAAUCGAUCCGUCUACUUUGGAACAGACUGUUUCUAUGGCAACAACUACCACUCCAGAAAUGAAACCACAUUUGAGUGUUCGAUACAAAAAAAUUUCAAGCAAUCUUUGAGUUCAGAGAGAAACAUCUGCUUAUUAGCUUUUAAGAAACUAGUAAGAGUACAUAUAUGUAAUUCAAAGAUUAUAAUAUGCUUGUAUGAAG